CCAGAGCUGGAGCUACAGUUCCUCACUCUGUUACCCUCCUCAGUUCAUCCAGCUUAGACCACCAGCCAGCAAGCCGCCACCAUGAGUAAAUCCUAUUCCUCUGCCUCUCAGUCGUCUUCCUCCUACCGCCGCACUUUCGGCUCCGGCAUGUCUCCAUCCGUAGUGCGUAGCGUCUUUCCCGGCCGGGGUUCCUCCGGUGCCUCCCAUAUGUCAUCCCGUGUCUACGAGAUGACCAAGACCUCCUCGCCCAUCUACUCCAGCUAUCGUUCCUCUUCCAGCUUCGGGUUGCCUGCCUCCCGCUAUGCCGGUCUGGGGGAGACCCUGGACUUCAGUCUUGCCGAUGCCAUGAACCAGGAUUUCCUCGCUACUCGCACCAAUGAGAAAGCUGAGCUCCAGCACUUGAAUGACCGCUUUGCUAACUACAUCGAGAAGGUGCGCUUCCUGGAGCAGCAGAACCAGGCCCUGGUAGUGGAGAUCGAUCGACUGCGCAGCCGCGAGCCCACACGCAUCGCCGACAUAUACGAGGAGGAGAUGCGGGAGUUGCGCAGGCAGAUUGAGGCUCUGACCAAUCAGAGAUCCCGUGUUGAAGUGGAAAGGGACAACCUGGCAGACGACCUUCAGAAACUCAAACUCAGGUUGCAGGAGGAGAUCCAUCUGAAAGAGGAGGCAGAGAGUAAUCUGGUUGCCUUUAGAGCGGAUGUAGAUGCUGCCACAUUGGCCAGGCUGGACCUGGAGAGGCGCAUUGAGACUCUGCAGGAGGAGAUCAACUUCCUCAAGAAGAUCCAUGAAGAGGAAAUCCGUGAGCUGCAGGCCCAAAUGCAGGAGACGCAGGUCCAGAUCCAGAUGGACAUGUCCAAGCCAGACCUGACAGCAGCCCUCCGGGACAUCCGGGCCCAGUAUGAGGGUAUCGCUGCCAAGAACAUCGCAGAAGCUGAGGAGUGGUACAAGUCCAAGGUUUCGGAUCUAAACCAGGCCGUCAGCAAGAACAAUGACGCUCUGAGGCAGGCCAAACAGGAGUGUAUGGAGUUCCGCCACCAGAUCCAGUCCUACACCUGUGAGAUCGAUUCUCUGAAGGGCACCAAUGAGUCUCUAAUGAGGCAGAUGCGGGAGAUGGAGGACCGCACGGGCCGCGAGGCCGGUGGAUACCAGGACACGAUCGCUAGGCUGGAGGCUGAGAUCGCCAACAUGAAGGAUGAGAUGGCCAGGCACCUGCGGGAGUACCAGGAUCUGCUCAAUGUCAAGAUGGCUCUGGAUGUGGAGAUCGCCACCUACAGGAAGCUGCUGGAGGGAGAGGAGAGCAGGAUUGCUAUCCCCAUGCAUGCCUACUCCACAUUGAGCUUCCGAGAGACCAGUCCUGAGCAGCGCUCAUCGGAGCUCCAUUCCAAGAAAACAGUUCUGAUUAAGACCAUCGAGACCCGCGAUGGUGAGGCCAGCUUCGGAUAGAAGAUGGGGACUCGUAGAGUCGUUGUGUCGUCAGUGAAUCCACACAGCACCAACAGGAUAUUAUGUAAGGCAGGGACGCAAGAAAACAGGAAAAAAAAAGCUAAAUAAACCAAGCAUCCACUUUCCAAAUUGGUCUUUAUUUAACAGGAAAAGCAUGCAACCUUUAGUGCACAUAUGUAAAUCACUCAGUCAUAAAAUCAUCACUUGGUAUCAAUAACAGCAAGUAAAGAACGGGAAAUAUGACCAAAGUAAGUCACAGCUGAAUGUGCUACUGCUUGUAUGUGUGUUGAACUCUUAGAAUAUUUAAUAUCUUUCAAUAUUUAAAACCUCUAAUAAAUAUUUAGUCUUCAGAUAACCUAGUUGUGCAGAUUUUAUAUCCGUUUAACUCUAAGACACUAUGUUACACUACAUAAAAUCUGUUUUUUUUUUCUGCACACAAAUGCAAGUGUAAAGUGGACUAUUGGCUAAUUGGAAUCGAUUCUAAGUGUUUGUUGUUUCAGCCUCAAGGCAGAAUGCCAGCCUUUAGCUACGGAGUCUCUAACAACAAUGGCUCACGCUAACUUAGCUGAUUUAGCCGCAACUGACUUUCAGUACAGAGCAAGAAGCUGCCAAGACUGAUCCAGCUUGAAAAGACAGUGAGAUGAACUCCGAGUCCUGACAUCUCCUCCGUCCUAUUUUGCAUGCCACCUUAAUGGCCGCCCUGCAGUGCAUCACCUUUAUCAUUACCGCAACAGAAAGCUGUUGCCAGACGCGUUCUCUGCUUCUGUUGCCUAAGAUGUCCACUGUGCUUUACAGCAGGUUUAGGACGGAGGACACAACAGGGGCCCCAUGUUACCGCGGCAUAUUACUCUGCUCUGCCCCCAAACAUACUGAGUAUAAGAAUGAAUACAGAAGAGCUGGGGUUUAUAUUUAUGGCACAUAACCCAGAGCGUGUGCCUGUCACAGCACAAUUUAUUGUCUGAUAGCCAAGAUUCUGAUUGUGCUCAAGGAGGGCUGUUGUGUGGGGCUGGUGGGCAAAGAUUGUUCUGGGAAUGUGAGAUUAUUGAGGGAAAAGUUAUAGAUCUUUGAGGCAUAUGAGAUUUGGUGUGUUCUGAGAAAAAAUGAAAUGGAAUAUCUAACUGACCAAUGAGAGCAAGGAUGGGAAAUUGUGGUUCCCAGUAAAUAAUAAACACAGACAUUGCUAUUUAUCAUCUGA